CUAAUGAAUUAUUAGGCAACAUUAGCAUUGGGUCUUGUGUUCCGAUAAAGGCACAAUGUACGCUGGUCAUUAGUGCAGUCGAUUCGUGCAAGGCCUGUGGGAAACCUGUGAAGAAGGCUCAGGGUCCAACUUAAAAAUCUCACGGUUUUUUUUUUGUCUUUUAAUAUUAAACUGUUAAUUGAAAAAACAAUAAUUAUUUUAUUUUAACACAAAUUAUUGUAACAAAAAGAUUAUGCUAGUUUAUUGGAAGAAAUAAAACAAAAAUAUUAUUUUUCUCUCUGUGCUUUCAUCAUCCUCGUUUUAUUGUAAUUCGUUUAAUAUUUUUGAAACUAUGCGAUUCCACUUACUGGUCGUGUGUUUGGCACAUUUUGUGUAUUAUACACAUGCAGAUAACCAGGAAUUUGUUCAUUUGGCAAGAGGAUUUUAUCACGCAUCCAAUGGACUUCAGCCAUCGUGUCAAAGCAAAGUGUACUGUGAAAGUGAUCUGUUGCACGACGUACAACUAGCUGCACUUUAUCCAGAUUCGAAAACUUUCGUAGAUAAGAAACUAAAGUACACAGAAUCUGAGAUUUUAUACAACUACAAAGUACUGAGAGACGAGUACAAAGGUGAAGUGCCUAAAGAAGCGUUAAUACAAUUUGUUGACAAGCACUUAGAAGAUGGUGAUGAGUUGGAGGAGUGGACCCCACCCGAUUUUGUUGAUUCUCCUUCCAUCGCCGACCGGGUUAAAGACAAGAAUUACAAACAGUGGGCAUUGGGACUAAACCAAGUAUGGAAAACAUUAGCGAGGAAAGUUAAAGACGACGUGAGAGUACAUCCUGACAGAUACUCGCUGAUAUGGGUUCCAAAUGGAUUUGCUAUACCCGGAGGCCGAUUUAAAGAACUUUACUAUUGGGACACGUAUUGGAUUGUUAACGGAAUGUUAUUAUGUGACAUGACGAAAACAGCUAGAGGUGUUAUUGACAAUAUAGCAUCGUUAGUGGAGAAGUUUGGUUUCAUGGCAAAUGGUGGACGAGUGUACUACCUAAAUAGAUCACAGCCACCAAUUCUAACGUUGAUGGUAGAUAGCUACCAUAAAAAAACCAACGACUUUGAAUAUGUAAAAAAAAUCAUCCCUGUCUUGGAUAGUGAAUACGAGUUUUGGUUGGAAAACCGAAUGACGACUUUCGAGAAAAACGGCAAAUCGCACAAAAUGGCAAGAUACUAUGCACCAUCGAGGGGUCCAAGACCUGAGUCUUAUAGAGAGGACUUCGAAUCGGCGGAAUUUUUUAAAGAUGAAUAUGAAAAACAAGAAUUUUACACCCAACUGAAGUCUGCAGCAGAGACUGGAUGGGACUUUUCAAGUAGAUGGUUUAUAACUAAAAAUGGCUCAGAUCGUGGGGUAUUGACUGAUAUAAAAACGACGCAUAUAAUACCAGUCGAUUUAAACUCCCUACUACAAAAGAAUGCACUGUUGUUGAGUUCAUGGUAUAGCAAGUUGGGAGAUACAGCUAAAGCCGAGAAAUAUCGUGUGAUCGCCGAGAAUCUUCUUUACAGUAUACAAGAAGUUAUGUGGAGACCAGACCUAGGGGCAUGGUUUGACUGGGAUACGAUGAAUAAUAAAAGUCGAGAAUAUUUUUUCGUUUCCAAUAUUGUACCUCUGUGGACGGAAAGCUACAAUAUGCCGAAAAAGGCGGUAGCUAGUUCAGUGUUGGGAUAUCUAAGAGAUAAUCAUAUUAUUGAAGCCGAUUAUACUGUGAAUUUCAACGGAACACCUUCGUCUUUGUACAAUUCAUCACAACAGUGGGACUUCCCAAAUGCAUGGCCUCCUCUGCAAGCUUUCAUCAUCCAAGGUCUAGACAAGACAAACCAGAAACUUGCACAACAGGUGGCAUUUAGAUUGGCUGAAGUUUGGUUACGCUCAAAUUAUAAGUCAUUCUCAGAGAAAUCAAUGAUGUUCGAAAAAUAUGACGUUCUAGCUUCAGGAGAAACUGGUGGCGGUGGAGAAUAUACUCCGCAGACAGGUUUUGGUUGGACAAAUGGACUGGUGUUUGAGUUAUUACAUCGAUGGGGUGAUACAGUAACGAACGGGACAAACGGAUGUACUUCUGGUUAUAGAUACUUGUGUGAUUUCAAUAGGAUCAGACAACAGUUAAUGUUUUGGGUAAAUAAAAAAUGA